AGUAGUAGAAGGCACUUACAAAAAAAAACCGACCGGAGAGCGAGUGCCUACUAAACAACACAAACCGCGCAUGUUUGACCUUCCACCAAGGUGACCGCAUCCGAACGGAGGAAUCGUCGGCUCACUCGUAGUGCAACUGUGGCUCCGAACGGUUCGGAAUUAAGUGUGUUCUGCUCUACUACAGCUCUGGUCCCUUUUAGCCUGCUGCUAAUUGCUAUAGAAAGUAAAGUUUGUCAAAGUGUCUAUUGUCUGUAUUGUUGGGAUUUGUGAUUGUGACUAUUUGGGACAGUUUCUGGAACCGUAAGCACAGGCAGGAAAAUGUCGAAACCACAGUCGGACGAGCAGAAGCGGAAACAGAUCAGUGUCCGCGGUAUCUCGGUACUGGAGGAUGUCAAUGAAAUCAAGAGAGGCUUCAAUCGUCACCUUCACUACACCCUGGUGAAGGAUCGUAACGUAGCCACGGUGCGCGAUUACUACUUUGCGCUGGCCCACACCGUUAAGGACCAUCUGGUGUCCCGCUGGAUCCGAACGCAGCAGCACUACUACGAACGGGACCCCAAGCGCGUUUACUAUCUCUCGUUGGAGUACUACAUGGGCCGUUCGCUGCAGAACACCAUGAUCAAUCUGGGUAUUCAGACUUCGUGUGACGAAGCCAUGUACCAGAUGGGACUGGACAUCGAGGAGCUGGAAGAGCUGGAGGAGGACGCCGGUCUCGGAAACGGCGGUCUCGGCCGUUUGGCGGCCUGUUUCCUCGACUCGAUGGCCACCCUCGGAAUGCCGGCCUACGGUUAUGGCAUUCGUUACGAGUACGGUAUCUUCGCGCAGAAGAUUAAGAACGGCGAGCAGGUUGAGGAACCCGAUGACUGGUUGCGGUUCGGUAAUCCAUGGGAGAAAGCCCGACCGGAGUACAUGAUUCCGAUUCAUUUCUACGGGCGUGUGAUUGAUACGCCCGAGGGUAAGAAGUGGGUGGACACCCAGACCGUGUACGCCAUGCCGUACGACAAUCCGAUUCCUGGGUAUGGAAAUAAUGUGGUUAACACCCUGCGUUUGUGGUCUGCCAAGUCGCCCAUCGAUUUUAAUCUGAAGUUCUUCAACGACGGAGACUACAUCCAAGCUGUGCUGGAUCGUAACUUGGCGGAGAAUAUCUCCCGCGUUCUGUACCCGAACGAUAACUUCUUCGAGGGUAAGGAACUGCGUCUCAAGCAGGAGUACUUCAUGUGUGCCGCUACGCUGCAGGACAUUGUCCGUCGGUAUAAGUCGUCCAAGUUUGGCACGAAAGCCGCCGUCCGGACCUCGUUCGAUGACUUCCCGAACAAGGUUGCCAUCCAGUUGAACGAUACGCAUCCCUCGUUGGCCAUUCCGGAGCUGAUGCGUAUUUUGGUUGACGACGAGAAGCUCGCUUGGGAGAAGGCCUGGGAUAUUGUGGUGCGUACGUGUGCCUAUACCAAUCACACCGUUCUACCGGAAGCGCUGGAACGUUGGCCAGUGUCGUUGCUGCAGUCGAUUCUGCCGCGUCACCUGGAAAUCAUCUAUCACAUAAACUUUUUGCAUUUACAAGCAGUUGAGAAGCGCUACCCGGGUGAUUUCGAUCGCAUGCGUGCCCUUUCGAUGGUAGAGGAAGACGGUGAGAAGCGUAUCAAUAUGGCUAACCUUUCGAUUGUCGGUUCGCACGCUGUGAACGGCGUCGCCGCCAUCCACUCGGAGAUUAUCAAGAAGGAUAUCUUCAAGUAUUUCUAUGAACUGACACCGGAAAAGUUCCAGAACAAGACCAACGGUAUCACUCCGCGUCGUUGGCUGCUGCUGUGCAACCCCGGUCUGUCGGAUCUGAUUGCCGACAAGAUCGGUGACGAGUGGCCGGUCCAUUUGGAGCAGUUGACGAAGCUGAAGGCGUUCGCCAAGGAUUCGGGCUUCCAGCGCGCGGUAGCAAAGGUCAAGCAGGAGAAUAAACUGAAGCUCGCCCAGCUAUUGGAGAAGGAUUACGGCGUCAAGGUCAAUCCGGCUUCGAUGUUCGACAUUCAAGUUAAGCGAAUCCACGAGUACAAGCGCCAGCUGCUGAACUGCUUGCACAUCAUCACUCUGUACAACCGCAUCAAGCGUGAUCCGACCGCAAACUUCACUCCUCGCACGAUCAUGAUCGGUGGCAAAGCCGCCCCUGGCUACUACAUUGCCAAACAGAUCAUCAAACUAAUCUGUGCGGUCGGAAAUGUCGUCAACAACGAUCCGAUCGUUGGCGACAAGCUAAAGGUUAUCUUCCUCGAGAACUAUCGCGUCACUCUGGCCGAAAAGAUUAUGCCGGCAGCCGAUCUGUCGGAACAGAUUUCCACGGCCGGCACGGAAGCGUCCGGAACCGGUAACAUGAAGUUCAUGCUGAACGGUGCGCUCACGAUCGGUACGCUGGACGGUGCCAACGUCGAGAUGGCCGAAGAGAUGGGUAACGACAAUAUUUUCAUCUUCGGUAUGACCGUCGAUGAGGUCGAAGACCUGAAACGGCGCGGCUACAAUGCCCAGGAUUACUACAACUCGAACCCGGACAUCAAGCAGUGCGUCGAUCAGAUUCAGGGUGGUUUCUUCAGCCCAGGAAAUCCGCACGAAUUCCAGGACAUUGCGAACGUGCUGAUGAAGUACGAUCGCUACUUCUUGUUCGCCGAUUACGAGUCGUACAUCAAGUCGCAGGAUAGGGUGUCCGCCGUCUAUCAGAACCAAGCCAAGUGGCUGGAGAUGUCGAUCCACAACAUCGCAUCCAGUGGUAAGUUCUCCAGCGAUCGUACGAUCGCUGAGUAUGCUCGCGAAAUUUGGGGCGUCGAACCUUCCUGGGACAAGCUGCCCAACCCGGCGGAAGCUCCCAAAUAGAGGUUCCCAAUCCGUAAUCCUCCAUGUCACGGGUUCACGAGCAGUAGUAGCCAAUGAACUGCCUGCCAAUCGUGCGCGCAAAAACGCAAAAAAAAAACAACAACCCCACAGUUGAGGAACAAAAACAAAGUUAUUCAACAUCAAUAAUGCUUGAGGGAUGCAAGAGUGGUUCGCUAUCUAUUUAUGUUGAAAAGUCUGUUUCGAUCCUAAAAUAAUAGUGCAAUCGAUGUGCGGCUCAGUUCUAAAACACAAAAAUUACCAGAAAAUCUCGACGUCCUACUAAGCUUUAGCUGGCUGGCUUCGCAGCCCGAUUUAUUCGAUAUUUCUAGUGCGUGUAAAUUUUUCGUUGAUUUCGAAAAGGCUAACAAACAAAGAGACAGAACAAAAAAAAUCACUAGUUAAUCGAAAUUUAAAAUUUUUAAAAUAAAGUGUUGAAAAAUGUUAUACAAAAUAUGUAUCGUUAGGUGUAAAGACAGGAAUAAAACUGCAUGCAAACACAAACAACUCCCCCACACAAACACACGAUUAUAAAAUAAUCACACAGCGAGGAAAAAUUAAAAUAAAAAAAAAAAACAAUAAACUUUAGGAAUGCCAUUAACCUAUAGAUUUUAAUGCUUUUCUUUUACUUUUGAAUGUUGUCUGUCGGUCUGUCUGUGAACGGUCGUCGUGCCAGAGGGGAUGUUUAUGAUAGUAAGACGGCGUUUGGCAUAUGUAGCAAAUUCGGUUUGAGCACAUAAAAACACACGAAAAAAGCAGCGCAAAAAAACACUUCACUGUUAUAGAAAAGUCAAACCUUAUACCUAUAGUAAAAUCUGUGUUUUAUAUCACAAAAUAUACUAGGUUGCAAAUUUGAGUAAUUUUUCUUUGAUAAUAUUAAUUUUUUUUAUGAAAUAAAAUAGGAAAA